AUGCAACCAGUUUUGUCCUCCAUAGGCAACCCCGACUUCGACAAUAUGGAGAUCAGCGGAGCCAGCGACUUCAGCGAUGAUAGCGAUGUCGGCUCCAGUGCCUUCAACUUCAGCAACCUUGACCCCUGCGACAGUGGCCACAGCCACUUUCCAGUUCCUGGCCAAGGUACUGGGAAUCAGGAGACGAUAAGAGGACCAUCAUUGGAAGUCUCAAGUCCGUCGAAUUUUCCUCUGCUCGGGCUACCUUCCGAGCUACGUCUGCUGAUCUACGAAGCCUUGAUCGCGGCCGGAGACCUCAACAUUAUGAGGACAAACAAGCUCGUACACAAAGAAGCGGAGAACCUGUUGAAGAAGAACGCUGUGCUCCGGAUGAACUUUGGCUACGCCAAUCGAACAUCUUCGGCCUCGUUCCCGCUGACAGGGAACCUCAACUUCACAGGUGCUCUCAAAAUCCACGCUACCCCAACUAUCCAGCAUGUUGAACUUCAAUUUAAUUUGGCCGCCUUCCAAGGAGAUUACUUUGACGUCUACACAAACAUCAUCAAGUCCUUCGGCGGCAGAGAUGUUGCGCGCCAAACGUGCACCAUCUAUCUUGAUAUCGCAGUUUACGACAGUGUUCCAGACGAAGGGACCUUUGCACGAGAGACCGCGUGGCACGCUAUCACCGAUCUUACCGGGUUCAAGACAUUGGUUGUGAAGAUCAGGCGUCAGAGGGACUACAGAUUUGAGGAACAAUGCCUGCGUCGGCUGGGACAUUUAUUACCCCAGACUGGGGACAGCUACCCUCACAAGUGGCUCUUGGAUGAUUACCAGACUCUUUGUGAGAUCUUGAAGAUCACGCUCGGACCAGCGAUUCAGGACAAGAGCCUCAAAGGCCAUCAUUUAAAGUUCCAUCCAAGCGACUUCAAGCCCGAGGAGAAUGGUCCAACAGAUAGUGCAACACGAGAGCGCUAUUGA